AAUGCCCUUCAUCUUCAAUAUCAUUAAUUUUUAAUUAAAAAAUUCAAUACUGGUUGCCCUCGCCUGCUCCAUAUUUACAGAUCUGCUCUUCAACAAAGUGCCGGAGACCAACAACCACUGCCAGAGACCGAUAUCCCCGACUGCCGUUUGGAAAAGUUGGAGACGAGCUCUGCCGUACAAAAAUGGAGUUUGUAAGCAGAUCAGUGAGCUUAGCAGUGAGAGCAGCCAACAGUGACGCAGUGAUAGGCGUGUGCUUGGUGGGAGCAUUCGCGGCGCUGGGUCUUCGAUCAGCAAACCAGCAAAAGAACAUAGAAGCUCUUGAAGCAGAGAAGGAUUCCCUAUUAAAAUCAAAUAAAGCAAUAAAAAAAACUAUGUGGGACUGGAAACAACAGCUCUUUGCUGAAGCUGAAUCCGGCGCCGCUUUGGUACCGCUUGCUAGACUCAAGGCCAUCUACGGUGACGGACCGUCCACUCCAAUCGGCAACUUUGUGAAGGAAGAUGUGAAAUCACCAGCCUCCAAAAUUGUAAUCUGAGUUGUUUAAAGUAUGAAUAUUAUCUUUGAUUAGCUUGCAGACCAGAAUAUAGUAGUUUCGCAACCUCCUACUCAGCGGCAGAUAAAGAAUGAAAUCAGUUUUGAGGUUAUGACCAUAAACUUUCCUGCUUUUUCCCCUUUCCCGUAGCCUGCUGCAUGACAUGUUGACUGUAGACACUCAAACAUUGUCAUACUUUUUUCACUCUUACAAACUGUACUAUAAUUAUGCCAGGGGGAUUAUCACUUUGAAGCAUUAUAUAUUGAGCAAGGGAUUGUUCUUA